ACGCAGGACUUUGUUGUGAGAGAGUAGAGGGAACUGACUAGCCUUCACCUUUAACUAGCACGCAGUGAGAGACUUAACUUCCCCUUUGUCAAUUUGAUUCACGCUUCAGACAACAGAAGCUGCCCCUCCCCCCAGGCAGACCAGUCCUCCUCCAGUCUCUCACUGUCACCAGUCUGCUGCAGCUCCUCUCAGAUCAGCUGUGAAACAGUCACCCCACCUUCUGGCACCCAGCCUCUGCCCUCUGGUACAAAAUAACGUUGAGGCCCCUGGAACCCUGAGAGAGAGAGAGAGAGAUGACAGAGAGCGAAGAGAGGGAGCGAACGGAUUACCCCCCUUCACCACGUCACAUCCGUCCUACCAGAGAAGGGGGCCGGGCUUGAGAAUAGCGGAGCGAGAGAACAAGAUCCAGCGAGAGAACAGACGUGUGCACGCUGAGCGAGAGAGAGGCAGCCCCAGUGAGAGAAGUGUCUGUAAUCCCCCCCACACCUUCAGUGAUAAUGUGUCAGAGCAGGAACCUGCAGCGGGCAGCAGCGCGGAGCUCAGGGAAAUGGUUGCAGUUCCCUCAGUUGGCCUUGCGGCGUCGUCUUGGCCAGUUGAGCUGCAUGUCCCGGCCCGCCUUGCGGCUGCGCUCAUGGCCGCUCAGCUUCCUCUACUACUUCCUGACCUUCGGUGCACUCAAGCCCCUGGCCAAGGUUGGCUGGAGACCAACAAGCAGGGUUGCUCUGUACAAGACCAUCCCGACACGGCUGCUGUCUCGGGCCUGGGGUCGGCUGAACCAGGUGGAGCUGCCGACCUGGCUGAGGAAGCCAGUCUACAGUCUGUAUAUCUGGACGUUUGGUGUCAACAUGCAGGAGGCUGCUGUGGAAGACCUAAUUCAGUACAGGAACCUGGGAGAGUUCUUUAGACGGAAACUCAAACCGGCUAUCCGGCCCGUGUGUGACUCACACUGCGUGAUCAGCCCAGCAGAUGGGAAGAUCCUGCACUUUGGGCGGGUGCGGAACUGUGAGGUGGAGCAAGUCAAAGGAGUCACAUACUCUCUGGAGACCUUCCUGGGACCACACACCUGGGCUGAGGCCAUCAACAGUACCAUCAAGCCAUCAAAUGAAGAGGACCCCAGCUCGUUUCAGGACCUGCUGGUGACUAAAGAGGGGAAUGAGCUGUUCCACUGUGUGGUGUACCUGGCUCCAGGAGACUACCACUGCUUCCACUCCCCCACAGACUGGAGGGUGGCCCACAGAAGACACUUCCCUGGCUCUCUGAUGUCAGUGAACCCUGGUGUGGCCCGCUGGAUCAAAGAACUGUUCUGCCAUAACGAGAGGGUGGUGUUGAGCGGAGAGUGGACGCACGGCUUCUUCUCCCUCACCGCUGUAGGGGCCACCAAUGUGGGCUCCAUACGCAUCUACUUUGACAAGGAGCUGCGCACUAACAGCCCACGCUACAGCAAAGGCUCGUACAAUGACUUCAGCUACUUGUCCAACAACAACCAGGAGGGCGUGAGCAUGAGGAAAGGGGAGCACCUGGGAGAGUUCAACCUGGGCUCUACUAUAGUCCUUCUCUUUGAGGCUCCGCACGACUUCAGCUUCAACCUGAAGGCCGGCCAGAAGAUCCGCUACGGAGAACCCCUGGGGACUGUGAGCCGAGAUGGCCAACCAGAGAGACACUUUCUGGGGGGAAACGGACUAAAAUAAACUGAUGGACACACUAACGUGUGUACAGAUUUGAGCGGAGGUGCACAGGCUGACUUAAACACACACUCAUUCACACACUGUACUGUACAUCGAAAUUGAGACGUACGGCUGGCAUACGACACACUGAUGGACUUACAGAAAAAACUCAGUCACCACUGUUGCAUUACUACUAAGGGGGUCUCCCCGUUUCAUUGACUAGAGUUUCUAUUAACAAUUUACUUAUUCUGUCAGUUGGACAGUUGAUUACAACUAGUGUACAUACCUGACCAGCAAAAGCAAGAUCGUUUAUAGCAAUUAGUUACAUUUACAUUCCAUAAGAAUAACAACAUAGCUUUAAAAAAAUAUAUAUAAUAAUAAAUAAUUACAUGCAAAAUUGUACCCAUAUUGCCUUUUGUCAGGGGUAUCCUCUUCAACUAGGAGUUCCUCCUGAGAUUUCAGACACAAGCAGCAAGACACCAGCCUGAUUACAGAUCUGGCUAGUGCUGUGUAGCCCAACUCAUAUGGCCUUUGGCAAUACAUCACAAACAGAUCUGGGACCAGGCUAGCAAGAGGCAUCUCCACACAUACAGAUAACCCCUGUCACAGACAGCCUCUAUCAUGUGGACAGGCUUCCCUAUACAAUGUACAGUAUACACACACCUACAGUACACAUACCACGAAGAAGGAAUGUACCAGAGGCCACACGUCUACCCUCUUCCUUCUCUAAUUUCCCUCCUUCAUUCUGAUACUGAAUGCCUUCCUGUUCUCCUUUGGUCUCCCUCUUCUGCCAUCCCCAGAGAAGGUGCUUGUGUUGGGGGUGAUUAUGUGGACUCUUCCCUCCCUAUCAUGGAGGUACAGACUGGCACCACUCCUCCCAGUCAGACGAGUCUGGGUCGUAUUCAUUAGGCACCUGCCAGAAGAAAACAGGCUGAAUACCUGGACUUUCUGUUGUAAAAUGUUUUGCCUCAGUCUGCCCUAAUAAAUACAACCCUGUUGUA